UACGGUGGGUCUAUGAAAAGGGAACGUCCCUCUGUUUUCAUCGCUCAUUUAAGAGAGUAGCAACUAAGAACAUCACGUUGCUUUCUUUUCAAAGUCUUCAGAGUUGAAUUAAAUUAGCCCAAAAUAUCAAUACCUUUCUAAUUAAGAAAUGGACUCUGAACAAUUUCGCGCAGCUGCCCACCAAAUGGUUGACUACGUCAUCGAUUAUCUGGAUAACAUCCGCAAUAGGCGCGUUUUGCCGACGGUAGAGCCGGGAUAUCUACGCAAACUGAUUCCAGAAGAAGCUCCAGAACAAGGCGAAACAUGGCAAUCCAUUUUUCAGGAUAUCGAACGCGUCAUUAUGCCCGGCGUGACACAUUGGCAUUCACCGAAUUUCCACGCUUAUUACCCAACGGGCAACUCAUGGCCGGCAAUGCUAGCGGACAUACUUAGCGAUGCCAUUGGAUGUGUCGGAUUCUCAUGGAUCGCUAGUCCAGCUUGUACGGAACUUGAAGUGGUCAUGAUGGACUGGCUGGGCAAAUUGAUCGGCUUACCUCCUGUGUUUCUGGCCAGCACCGGUGGUAAAGGUGGCGGCGUCAUCCAGGGGACGGCCAGUGAGGCCAUGCUGGUCGGCCUUUUGGCGGCCAGAUCGAAGACACUAAAACGACUCAAGGCCGAUAAUCCCGAAAAAGAUGAAAAAACAUUGGCUAGUCGUUUAGUGGCAUAUUCUUCAGACCAAUCGCAUUCGGCUGCGGAACGGGCGGGACUCCUAGCCGGCGUUCACGUCCGCGUCCUCCCUACCGACGAUCAACUUCAUUUGCGUGCCGACGCACUCCAGUCGGCCAUCAAGGAGGACACAGCCAAUGGCAAAAUUCCGUUUUUCGUGGUUGCUACCCUCGGGACGACGCCUUCGUGUUCUUUCGAUGACAUUGAGGAACUAGGACCUGUUUGUAACGAUCAUUUGCUGUGGCUGCACGUCGACGCAGCUUACGCAGGUUCGGCGUUUGUGUGCGAAGAGCAUCGUCAUUACAUGAAAGGAAUUGAAGAGGCCGAUUCGUUUAAUUUCAACCCUCACAAAUGGCUUUUAGUUAAUUUUGAUUGUUCUGCCAUGUGGCUUAAAGAUGCGAAUGACAUCGUCAGCGCUUUCAAUGUUGACCCCAUCUUCCUGAAACACGACCAUCAAAACAGUGCGCCCGACUUUCGGCAUUGGCAGAUUCCAUUGGGUCGACGAUUCCGGUCGUUAAAACUCUGGUUCGUGAUGCGUUCGUACGGCGCCCAAGGGCUUCGCGAUUACAUCCGCAAACAAAUUCAAUUGGCCGAACAGUUUCACCACAUGUUGGCAGCAGACGAUCGUUUCGAAUUCCCAGUUGCUCCCUCCAUGGGACUAGUUUGCUUCCGUCUCAAAGGAGAAAACAGUCUAAGUGAGGCGCUUUUGAAGCGUAUCAACGAAGCCGGCCAAGUGUACAUGAUUCCGGCUAAACUGCACGAAACGUACAUCAUCCGCUUUGCCGUUUGUUCCCGUUUUACGGAACUGAGCGACGUUCAAGCGUCUUGCGAAGAGAUCCGACGUCACGCCAACGAGACAUUGCCAGCGCCUAAUCAAAACUAGAAAACAUCAACUUCACGAUAUUCAAACCUUAGAAACUUGUUUUUCAAUGUUAGAUGAAUAAUUAUUAUCGCUUGAAAGCCGAUAUGCGAUUGGUAAUGUACAAAGUUCAAUAAAAACAUCGUGAAUCGACA